AUGGCGGCCGAUGCUUAUUCAUGGCCAGGUGAACACCACAUACACAUUGAAGGAGCUCUAACGCCAGAACUGCUCUUCCAACUGGCGUCAAGCAACGGUGUAACAUUACCCACAGAUGACCAUGCUUUUCAAUCCGUCAGCACGUUAUACGAACGAUACCAGCAUUUUGAAAGCCUGGACGACUUUCUCCAUUACUACUACAUCGGCAUGAGUGUACUAGUUACCGAAUCUGACUUUGAGGCGCUCGCUUGGGACUACUUCCAACACGCCGCUCGAGAUGGUGUGGUUCAUGCGGAGGUGUUCUUCGAUCCGCAAGCUCAUCUAUCGCGUGGUAUUUCGUACGAAACGAUACUUUCAGGCUUCAAAACGGCCCAGACCAGGGCACUCGAGGAGUUUGGCAUCACAAGCGAAUUGAUCUGCUGCUUCCUCCGCCACCUUCCCGUCCCGGACUCCCUCGCAGCGUUCAAUAUUCCAGAGUUGCAAGCAAGCCUUACCAACGGCUCGGUCGCAGGCAUUGGCCUCGACUCCAGCGAAUCUGGCUUCCCACCCUUACUCUUCAAAGACCUCUAUCAGCAAGCCGCCGCCUUCGGAAUCCGCCGCACAGCGCACGCAGGCGAGGAAGGUCCGGCGUCGUAUAUCCGCGACGCCCUCGACACGCUGGGAGUUAGCCGUGUCGAUCAUGGGGUCGCGCUCGUGCAGGACCGGGAGCUCAUGGCGCGGGUUGCGGAGCAAGGCACUUUACUGACAGUAUGCCCUUGGAGCAACGUCUUUCUCAAAGGCGUCAGAUCGGUCUCUGAGCUACCGAUCCGGGAGUUCCUGGAUGCUGGUGUGCAGUUCUCGAUCAAUAGCGACGAUCCGGCGUAUUUUGGGAACCACUAUAUUCUGGAUAAUUUUUGCGCAGUGCAGGAAGCUUUCAACUUGUCUGUGGAUGAGUGGAGAAGAGUGUGUGAGGCGGGGAUUCGGGGGAGUUGGUGCAGUGAGCAGAGGAAGGCGGAGAUGUUGGAGAGGCUGGAAAGGGUAGUUGCAAAGUACGAACAGGCGUGA